AUCGCUUUCUUCUUCACUGCAACAACGUUUCCUCAUUGUUUCGGUGACUUUCAGCUUCCUUCACAAAUCUUUCCCAGCUUCUAUUUGUCUCUUCACACAAGCAAAUACUUUUCCUCCGCUCUACUAUCGUACAACAAUCUCACGAUGAUUGUCUCUCUUGUCUACGCGCUCGCCAUGGUCAAGGCAGUCGCAGAGUUUGCAGGUCACGCCCGCCGCGCUCAGGGCAGUAGCACUGAAGACGCAGAGUUCUCUGCGCGCAACUCUGCUUCGGCCGGCGAACGCUAUACCAAGAGCCCCAGCUACGAUACUGUCGAGCCCACGAACGGCACCCGUCCGGCUUUUACCUCCAAGCAGUUGGACUUGCCCUCAGCUUCUAACGAGAAGCACAGUGGUUUUUCCCUGGCCCAGCCGCCCUCCAAGAUCGAGAUCCAGGGACAUCACUACCUCGUUCUCACCGAGCCCGUCAACACGGAUCACGGUAUACCUUCUGGUACGGCAGUCGCAACGUCGGCGACGGCGGAGAAGACUACCGGACGCUUUCAGUACAGCGUCCACUCCCGCUUCACCUACCAAGAGUUUACCCUCCAGCGACAGCGCUCUUGUCGCAGCUCCGUCUACGGUACCGAACAGCAGCAUCCUGCUUUCACAGCGACGACUGUCAGGUUUCCACUGACGACCGAUCACAAAGCUCCACUCCUGCUCGAGUGGAAGCCCGAGGAGACAGAUCAGUCGUCUUCGCUCCAGGAUGCUACUUGUGCCGACUCUCAGAUCGAGCAGCAGGAAUCCGCUUCUGCGUCGCGUUUGGAUUAUCUCGUGCAUAUCAGCGAUGUUCAAGCGGUUCAUCGUCACGACCAAACGCGACUGUGGUCACAAAUGGCGGUAUCGGCGUACCUCCACGCACCGGACUUUUUGUCUGAGCCUACGGUUGUGGCUAACGAGCUUCCCGCUCUUCUCACGACAUCGAUCGAACGGGAGCCGCAUGCAGAGGACGAGACUUUGUCUCGCGCAUCGCCGGCCCCGACGUAUCUCGUCAGCCUCAACGGCCUUUCGAAAUGCCCCAGGCUCUGCACCGACCAGUGCAGACUUUUCUCUCAGCUUUUAGCUUCUGUGCUCUGUUAUCCUUCGGACUUACCUUGCGAUCCCGUCGAACAGACCUGCGAUUUGUCAUCUACAGAGAUGCCGCCCUACUGCACGGACUUGAUCAAGUAUCAGCCGCCUCUGGACUUUUCGUCCAUUGGUCUGUGUGCCGAUGAUUCACCUUUGUACACCAUCGUCUUUGUGCUUUCUCCGAUGAGAGUAUACGACAUCCAGGUAGCCCCCUAUUGGAAUAUGUGUGGCGAUGAUGGCUUUCAUUCCAUUGCAAGCCGUAUUUAUCGACCUACGUUUGGCGGUGAUGGGGCCAAUUCCAGCGCCAAACUAGUAGGUCGGCCGAUAGGCAAGCGCGUUGCUCACCCUGUUAUCGGGAUCAGCAACGUCUUGUACUUUGUAGCGGCUAUGAAGGAUGUUGUUAUUCCUCUCACCUGGGGAAGCAUUCUGCUUUGCGUGUACGAAGGCGUUUCUUUGGUCAUGCAGACUGAUGACGGAAGCUCAGAUGUCGCUGUACUGGCUCACAGUCUGCAGCAGCUGGGGUAUCAUCUCUCCUACAUCGUGAUUGCUAUCAGUUUGGCUGCCUCGCCAGCCAAACGCCGCCAGAGAACAUCAGUGCAGAGGUUAACCCUCGCCGCACUGAUCUCUCUGUGUGCCUCGCAUCGCGUUGUAAGAAUCGCAGGUCUUAUCGAAUACAAAGCGCCCUUGCUCAUCUGUGCUGCUCCGGCAGAAGCUUCAUCGCUCUCUGUCGUGAGUUCUGCACCUCUAGCAGCGCUUGUUCGACAGGAUCCGCAGACGUCUCGUUCGUCUCGAGGGCUACAGACAUCAGUCAAGGUCGCGGUUUUGCUUGUUCUGCUUGGCGUAAGUAGGAACAUGGACGCGACGGACCUGAUGAGAAAUGCAACGCUUUCGUUCGGCACCGUUGAUGGCGUUCUGAAUCUCCCGGUAUGGAGCUCUUCCCUCCGAAUCAGAUACGUCUUUGUCCAGCAAGAGGCCAAGAAGAUUGGCUGUGAAUCUGCUCCUCGUUUCGAGGAGCUGCCUGCUGCGACAGAUGACGUAUCUGCGAUGGACUGGUCGCUCUUGGACGGGGAUUCAGCGACGUACGACACAAACAUGGAUGUUUGUCCUGCGGUCAGCAGCGAAUACAAGACAUGGACAGACACUACGUUUGGUGAUUCGGCGAUGAUCGAUGCUGAUCUGGAGAGUUGGUCGACGUUCGAGGACGAGAGCUGGUCGACGGUCGAGUACGAGAGCUUCGGUGAUGCGGUCAUGACCGAUGCUCCGUAUUACGACGAUGGCGUCUGUGAGAACGCGAAGGGGGUUGAGUUUGCGUCCUGUUCUUGGUCUGUGGUUUAGGCGAUUCGAUUCGGGCUGUUGAUAUCCUUGCUGAGUCUUCUGUUUGGGUUAUUCUUUGAUAUCCACAUCCACCGUGCUGCAUUUUUAUUACUGUUGGAGUUUUUUCUUGAUUCCCUAUAUUGUUUCUGCUGAUAUCCCAUGGUGUUUCUGGUUUUUUUUUACUUUUUUUGUUUCUGUAUUCUUAGUGUCUCAAGCUUGUUGUAAAGCUGUGUUUUGUGUCAGACUCCGGUUGGCGAGUUCUUUUUCUUUUUCUUGUUAUAUUUCGUUUCAAGUUCUUUCAUACUGGUAUUAUAGGUAUGCAAUAAAAGACAGUGUAU